AUGAGCAGCCUGUUCUCAUGGAUGGGGCCAGUGGCCGUCGCCGCGUCCGUGGUUUACGCGUAUGCUGCCAACCACCCCUCUGCGGCCCAGCUGGAAAGCGGCACUGCCUACCAGUUCCCUCUCACCACGCUCAGAUACUGCGGCCUUCUGUUCCUCGUUUACGCAUCAGGCACGAUGCCGCGCAAUCCGUUCUUCCCCAGCUUUAUGUUCCGUAGCAACAUCUUUCCUCUUCUGUACAAGAUGUACUGCAGCUACGCCAUCGGCUAUCGUGUUCUCCGCCCCCUCAUGCACAAGCCGGUCGCCUACCCGCACUCGGACUACCGCAUCGGGAUUCGCUGCAUUGACGCUGGCAGUCCGCUGCGACUGAAGCCGGGCCCGCCAGUCACCCCUGACACCGUUCCGUUUCUCACCAGGUUCUACGCGCGCGCCGGCGGUGCCGUAGAUGCAGCACUGUGGACCGGAUCGGUCGUACGUGGUGUUACCGUUGUACCGAUCCCCAUCUUCGGUGACAACUACGCCUACCUUAUCGUCUCGAUGCAAACGCACAAGGUCGCCGCGGUUGACCCGGCGGAUCCGGAGAUGGUGCUGCGCAUCAUGGAAUCCCUCCGCGCUCAGCUGCGAGUACCACUGCAGCUGACGGAGGUGCUCACGACCCACAAGCACUGGGACCACGCAGGAGGCAAUGAGUUGCUGGCAACGUUUUCGAAAAAAGAGGUGCCGGUGCCGCCGCGCGAGGAGGCCGGCGUCGACUGUGCCCCGAAUAUUCCCCUGCUUCAUCCCAAGCUGCGCUUUGUCGGCUCUGAGGAAGAUGCGCCUCUGUGCUGCGACGUCCUCGUCAACGACGCGUCGCCUGUGUUCGAGAUCAUGGGCGGUGCGGCAAAGGUGCAGGCGAUGGCUGUCCCCGGUCACACGAAGGGAUCCUUGGUUUUUGUGGUGGGCUCAGCAGAGGAAGGCGUCUCUACCGCGGUCCCGGCCCGCGUCGCCGUCUUCACAGGCGACAGCCUCUUCAGCGGUGGGUGUGGCUCACCCUUCGAGACGGUCUCAGUAGCCCAGAUCAUGAAGGCGCGUGCGACGUUUCUGGAGGACCCGCGCAUGCGGACGCAGCCCGGCACCGGGCAGGAGGUGGCCGAAGAGGACAUCCUUCUUUAUGUUGGGCACGAGUACACGGAACGGCUGUUGGCAGAAGUGGUCACAUUGAUGACGCGCGUCACGACAAGGAGCCAAACCCCCAGCGACCCGCGUGGCAAGCAGUACGUGCGUGAGGUGGCUGAUGCGCUACGCGGGGUGAAGAUGCUGCGCACGGAGUCUGGCGGACUCAAGGACGCGGCGCGCAUGGCGUGCGAGGCGGAUAGGCAGAAGUCGCAAUUCCCCCUUCCGUCGUGCACCGUGCCGUCGUCGCUGGCGGUGGAGAAGGCGGUGAACCCGCUCUUGACGGUCGAUGACGAGGUGCUUGCUGCACUGAAGGAGGCAGAGAAGCACAGCCCGAUGGACGCGAACGAAGUGGAGCGGGCGAUCUACUGCUCUGACCGCCGUCGCCUCCCUACUUCGGUGAAGUAG